AUGAAUUCAGCACCUAAUGACCUGCUAGGUACCAUUAAACAUAACUUGGAUGUACUUUCUAAUGUCGACGUAGAUUUUUUGAAUUCUACUCAAAAUUCUAACUUUCUGUCUUCUUUAUAUAAUACUAUCGACGCAAUUUCUCAGUUUAUCAGUGACACUAGUCACGAAGAUGUACUUUUAGAUGAGUUUGUAAAUUAUCGCAAGGAGCUUUCCGAUGUGUUUAAUAAAAAGGUAGAAUAUGCCAAAUCUCAGUGUAAAGAGUUGGAGAGAAAAUUGGAGGUGGAAACGAGGAUUAACAAUGAUGCCAUUAAUCGUCUCAAAAGUCACCAAACUGACUACUCACCUGGAGAUAUAGAGGCUUUAAUCAGUCGGCAGGAGAUUAUUGAUAGGCUCAACCAGUGGAAGCACUCGUGUGAACUUGAAAGCAUUGACAUUAAGAACCUGAAGUGCAGAAUAGACAUUUUACAGGAGAAGAUGGACUCGGUCAAUCAUAACUCGACUCAGCAUAAGGAGCGCAACAGGCUUCUUUACGAGUUUCUUUCUUCUGCUCUUAAACUUACGAUUUUGAACAUUGAUGAGAAUGGCAAUGCUAAUUUGGCCAUUCUUUCUGAGUCUAAGGCUGGUUCUGAGCAGACUUGGCAUCGUUUUUCCUCCUCCAAGGACUCAGACGUCUCCACUUGCGACCUUUUAUGGAGCUUGAUUGAGAAAUCGCUUUCUUCCAAGUCUAAUCCCCUGCCUCUUGAGUUAAACACGCCUAAAGUCAACUCGAUUCAGCUUUCAUCGAAAUAA